UGAACAGAUGUUUGCACUUGUUAAAUAUCCAAGCAAUCGGCAAAAAACGCAUAGCCGUGAAAAAUUCAAUUUUUGUUAAUAUUAUUAGGCUGGGGCUGUUUGUGCGUGCAUUCAGCAUGGCCUGGCGUUCAGUUGGUGCGAACAAUGAAGAUCUCAUACGCCAACUGCGCGAAUACGGGGUAAUUGCUUCCGAUGCAGUGGAAAGAGCGAUGAUAGCCACAGAUCGAAAACAUUAUUCGCCACGCAAUCCCUACAUGGAUGCACCACAGCCCAUCGGUGGAGGAGUGACUAUCAGUGCUCCACAUAUGCAUGCCUUUGCUUUAGAGUACUUGCGGGAUCAUUUAAAACCCGGUGCACACGUUCUGGAUGUUGGCUCAGGUUCAGGGUAUCUAACAGCAUGUUUUUAUCGGUACAUCCAAGCAAAAGGUGACAAUCCAGAUACACGCAUUGUGGGAAUUGAACAUCAGGCGGCAUUGGUUCAAAUGAGCAAGUCUAAUUUAAAUGCUGACGAUAGUAGUAUGCUGGAUUCUGGAAAGCUAAUAAUUGUUGAGGGCGAUGGUCGAAAGGGUUUCAGCGCUCACGCACCUUACGAUGCUAUACACGUGGGAGCUGCUGCACCUGAGACGCCCACAGAAUUGAUAAAUCAAUUAGCAAACGGUGGACGUUUGAUAGUACCCGUUGGUCCGGAAGGAGGCUCCCAAUAUAUGCAACAGUACGACAAGGACGGCAAUGGCAAAGUGAAUAUGACCCGUCUAAUGGGCGUAAUGUAUGUGCCCCUUACGGAUUUACGGUCAUGACUGCCUCACUGGUGGAAGGUGCUAAUCGUUAUGCUGCUGCUUGGCUUUAUAAUAUACCGUUUCUGGAAAUUUUACCAGUAGUAUUAUUUAUCCCAUCGGCUCCAUUAACAACUAUGGCAAAAACACUUAGAGCAACGGACCACAUAAAAGAUCCCGUAAACUCUAAAAUUAAAAGUGCUUUUUCCUAUUUAAUUGUAAAUUAAAUUAUUAAUCAGAAUAUAUACAUAUGUUAAUUUAGUGCAUUAAA